CCUAACAAAUUCCAGCUUGCUGUGGGGUUCGAUCUAUAGAUAUAUGAUCCUUUCGCUAUUGGCAUGGAAGGCACGACUCUAAAAAUGAUCUCAUGAAUACUCUCGGCUGAGUUAAUAACUAGCUAGCUAGACAGGGAAAAAGCAGAAAAGGAAAAGAAAAAAACCACAAAUUAAAUCGAUCGGGAAUCAAGCUGCCGGGAGAGAUGCAGGCCGGGAAGAUGGUGAAGUCAAGGUUCAACACAGUCUGCGUUUUCUGUGGGAGCAGCACUGGCGCAAGAGACUGCUACCGUGAAGCUGCGGUGGAACUAGGCCAAGAACUGGUGCUGUACUUACUGAUUAAUUGGUUUUCUCGAGGAAGGUAUCGAGGAGGUUGGAUCUUGUUUAUGGAGGUGGAAGCGUAGGAUUGAUGGGCUUAGUCUCUCAGGAGGUACACCGCGGUGGUGGACAUGUGCUUGGAAUCAUUCCCAAGACUUUGAUGAGCAAAGAGAUAACAGGGGAAACAGUCGGGGAGGUCAGGCCUGUAGCCGACAUGCACCAAAGGAAGGCCGAGAUGGCCCGCCAUUCUGACUGUUUUAUUGCCCUUCCAGGUGGUUAUGGAACUUUGGAAGAGUUAUUGGAAGUCAUAACAUGGGCCCAGCUUGGCAUCCACGACAAGCCUGUGGGUUUGCUUAAUGUGGACGGCUACUACAACCACCUGCUAUCCUUCAUAGACAAAGCGGUUGAUGAUGGCUUUAUCAGGCCAUCUCAGCGCAGUAUUAUUGUCUCUGCUUCAAACUCCAGAGAGCUUGUUCAAAAACUCGAGGAAUACGUCCCUAAGCACGACGGGGCAAUUUCUAAGGCUAAUUGGGAGGCUGAACAGUUGGAACUCAACGCUUCUUUGCAGACUGGUAUUGCUCGUUAAUUAAAAGUACUUUCUUUUGGUUUGUAUUUAAGGGAAGAAAGAAAGCAGUUUUAAAUUUUAAUUGUUACUCUGA